AUCUUCGACAUUUUCGUACGACUUUCCGUGCAGAACGGACGUGAUUGAGUAGCAUAGGGCUGAAGGUUUUAUAAUUACUACGCUAAUUGCCGACAUCGAAAAUGAGCAAUAAAAAAAUGCCUUUCUACGCAGUGGCUAGUGGUCGUUCGACUGGAGUUUAUGACAAUUGGGAGGAUUGUAAAGACCAAGUUAAUGGAUAUUCCCAUAACAAUUAUAAGAAGUUUGAUACACCAGAUAAGGCUUGGGACUAUGUUGACAAACACUCUUCAAAUGCUGGAUCAUCUAACAAUAAAGCUUAUGGAGGCAACAAUCAAGUUGCACUAAGAGAUUACGGUGGUGAAGUUAGCUAUCAACGUACUGAUUACACGGAGGGAAGAAAUUCUGUCGUCGUACGUGACCGUCUUUACAGGAGUGGCAGAGAUGGAAAUGGUGGACAGUUUGUCGAAAAAGGCACACGUACUUACUGGAAAAAUAAUAAUUAAAGAGAUGCCAUUAUGAGAAUAACCAAAGAAUCUCACUUUUUCUUCUUAAAAGUUUUUUUUAUCUUAUCAUAUAGAGCAUGA